AUGGAGACAUCAUCCAUUGCUGUAGAAGGCGCCAGCAAAUACAUCGUUUCAACUGAACCUACUUCAAAAUCAACAAAACUUGCAGAUGCCACGAUUGACGACACACCGGAAUUUCAUGUUAAACGGACAGUUACAAGCACCGGUGGGACUCGAAUCUCGACAACCCAGAUGAUCAAGCAGGAAGAAGAAGAGGAAGGUAAGGAUUGUUAUGCUGGUGAUGCUAAAUGUAGCAACGCAAAGAAACGUAUGAUGUCUUUUUCUGAGUUUCUUGAAGCAACCAAUACUAAGGUUUUAUCGGAAAACGAUCCCCAGUAUCUUGAUUUUAUUAAGAAAGAAAGAAUGGAUGAAUCUGAACCCAUAUUUGAUGUUGAACCGAUUUCUGUUUGUAACGAAGCUGACUUAAAUCAGAAAACCCAGAAGGGUUCUGUUACAAAAGAAUCUGGUUUCAAUAAGAGCACUCAUAAUGUGUGUGUUAAGUCAGAACAAAUGGACGAAUCUGAGGCUGAUUCUAAAGUAAAACCAGUUUCGGUUAAGAAAGAAAAUGGUUUCGGUGAAAAAUGUAAAGCAGGGGAAAUGCCCAAUUUGGUUCAGAAAGAAGAAGCAAAACCAGAGAAGCAGAAGGCUAGAUUGGUUCAGCCAAUUUCAUCGAUGCCCCCAUCUGUUUACGGUUCAAAUUCAAAGAAAGUGAAGCAAGGGGCUGUGGAGGAUAUGAGGGUGAGUUUGGCAGUCAUAGAAAAUGGGGAUUUUGAAGAAGAAGCUGAUUGGUUGUUGGUGGGAAGGACUGCAAUUACUGGGCUAUCGACUACAAAAGGGAGAAAACUGGAAGACAAUGAGAUCGUUCACUUUGCUUUUCCUAAUGCAGAUUCAAGAAACAGAAGUAGCUCAUGGGUGCCUGCAAAAGCUGCAAUUGCUGCUUCUGGGAUUGUAAGAUUCUCUACUAAAAGAUCAGGAGAGGUUGGUCGUCUUCCAAUGGAGUGGUCAAAGUGUUUAAUUCCACUUGUUAAUUCAAAAAAGGUUAAAGUUCUUGGUAGAUGUGUGGCUGCACCAGUGAAUCUUAGCAUGAUGCAAGAGAUAAUGCUUUACAUAAGUUUUUAUAUCCACCAUUCAAUAUUCACUGAAGAUGGAAAGACUUCUUGGAAGCUGGAUUGCAAUUCAAACAUUGAUUCUACAAUUUAUCCUCUUUUGACUUUGUUUAAAUUGUUGAAAAAGAGCCCAUUUCAAAAGGCUGAAUUCACACCAGAGGAGCUAGAUUCUCGUAAAAGGGUUCUAAAUCUUGAAAAUGAUUUAAAUGAAGUUGUAUCAGCAUUACCUAUGGUGAAACGACGAAAGGGUGGUGAACCACUGCUUUUAGAACCCAAUGAAGAUGGUCAGAUUCUAUCUGAAUCAUCAUUAAACAAGCUUGUUGGUGCUGCAGAUAUGUAUAACUUGGAGGAAAUGGACCCUCCAACAACUCUUACAUGUGAUUUGAGGCCAUACCAAAAGCAGGCUCUUUACUGGAUGACUGAAUCUGAGAAAGGUGUGGAUGUUGAAAAAGCUGAAGAAACGCUCCAUCCAUGCUGGGCAGCAUAUAGGAUAUGCGAUGAAAGGGCCACCGCAAUUUAUGUAAAUAUUUUCUCUGGGGAAGCAACUACCAAGUUUCCAAAAGCAACACAGAUGGCUAGAGGAGGAAUAUUAGCAGAUGCAAUGGGACUUGGUAAAACUGUGAUGACCAUUUCUUUGAUCCUUGCAAGACCAGGCAAAGGAACCACUGAAAGUGAAGAGAACAUUGAACCAAGAAAAGAAGAUCAAAAAAGUGUUUCUCAAAGACCAAGGGGUGGAACCCUCAUCGUCUGUCCUAUGGCUUUGCUGAGCCAAUGGAAGGAUGAGCUCGAAACCCAUUCUGCACCAGGCAGUUUAUCGGUUUUUGUUCACUACGGAGGGUAUAGGAGCACUAACCCGAAAGUGAUAGCUGAGCCUACUGUGGUCUUGACAACUUAUGGUGUUCUUUCUGCAUCUUAUAAAAGCGAUCCAGAGACGAGCAUUUUUCAUAGAGUAGAUUGGUAUAGAGUGGUGUUAGAUGAAGCUCAUACCAUCAAAUCUUCAAGGAGCCAAGGUGCUCAAGCUGCCUUUGCAUUGUCCUCGUACUGCCGCUGGUGUCUUACUGGCACUCCUCUUCAGAACAAUUUGGAAGAUCUUUACAGUCUUCUGUGCUUCUUGCAUGUUGAGCCAUGGUGCAACUGGGCAUGGUGGAACAAGCUAAUUCAGAGGCCUUAUGAAAAUGGCGAUAAACGAGGGAUAAAGCUUGUAAAAGCCAUUCUAAGGCCACUCAUGCUGAGGAGAACAAAAGAUACAAAAGAUAAAGAAGGAAGGCCGAUUCUUGUUCUCCCACCAACUGACAUCCAAGUUAUUGAAUGUGAACAAUCAGAAGCCGAACAUGAUUUCUAUGAUGCCCUUUUCAAAAGAUCUAAAGUCCAGUUUGAUCAGUUUGUAGCACAAGGCAAAGUUCUUCACAACUAUGCUAAUAUCCUUGAGCUCCUACUUAGAUUGAGACAAUGYUGCAAUCACCCAUUUCUUGUUAUGAGCCGAGGUGAUUCCCAACAGUUUUCGGAUCUAAAUAAACUUGCAAAAAGAUUUCUUGAUACAAAUGUUGAUUCCAUGACUCCAAAUCCAUAUAAGGUCCCAAGUAAAGCGUAUAUUGAAGAAGUUGUUGAUGGGUUAAAGCGAGGUGAAAACAGCGAGUGUCCCAUAUGUCUAGAAUCUGCAGAUGAUCCUGUGCUCACACCGUGUGCUCAUAGGAUGUGUCGGGAAUGUCUUUUAUCAAGUUGGCGAAGCCCGGUUAGUGGUUUAUGCCCGAUUUGUAGGCAAAAUUUGAGAAAAAGUGAUCUGAUUACUUGCCCAACUGAGAGUAAGUUUAGAGUUGAUAUUGAGAAGAAUUGGAAGGAGUCUGCAAAGGUUUUGAAACUGUUGGAAUGCUUAGAAAGUAUAAGGAGAAAAGGGUGUGGAGAGAAAAGCAUUGUUUUUAGCCAGUGGACUUCAUUUUUGGAUCUUUUGGAGAUUCCAUUAAAGAGGAGAAAGAUUGGGUUUUUAAGAUUUGAUGGAAGUUUGUCACAGAAGAACAGAGAGAAGACUUUGAAGGAAUUCAGUGAAACCACAGAUAAAAUGGUGUUGUUAAUGUCAUUAAAAGCUGGUGGUGUUGGCUUGAAUUUAACUGCAGCUUCUAAUGUCUUCCUCAUGGAUCCAUGGUGGAAUCCUGCGGUAGAGGAGCAGGCGAUAAUGAGAAUUCAUCGUAUCGGUCAAAAGCGAACCGUUUGUGUCCGAAGAUUCAUCAUUAAGGAUACGGUGGAGGAACGAAUGCAACAAGUUCAGGCACGGAAGCAACGGAUGAUUGCCGGAGCUCUUACCGACGAGGAAGUGCGAUCGGCUCGACUUGAAGAACUAAAGAUGCUUUUUAGAUGAUUUUUUCUUUUUAGAAUUUGUUUUUUGGUUUAUGAGAUAUGGUUUAGGGGCUUUUGGGGG